GAAGAGAGGCUAAGUAUGGAUGCAUUGCAAGACUGGGCCCUGGCGUUCCCGGCCCCAGCCCGGCUGGUCUGGGUGAUCGUGCUGGUGUUGGCUACUGUCUUAGUCUGGAGCUUGUUCUUCUGCUGCUGGGGAAACCAAAGCUCCACCUUUUCUUUGGAAAGAUACCUCUCAGCUAUGGAAAAAAAAUCAAAGGCAAAACACCAGAGUCAGCGGAAGAAGAAGCCAAAGGACAAGAGUGUCUCUGCGGCUCUGCUAAAUGCAGGAAUUGUCGGGAUGAUCAAAAUGGCAACUCCUCUGUCUCAAGAGAAACAGAGGAAGAAGGAGAAGGAAAGACAGGGGAAGAAGAGAGAGGAAGAGGAAGUAAAGAAGGAAGAGGGAAAUGAUGAGAAGAAAGAGGAAAGGACAGAAGAAAAGUCCUCUACAACGGUGAGGAAGAGGAGAAAUAAGAGUCACCUGAAAGUCACCAUUGCACCUGGUACCAUGACUGCAGCAUCUGCUGAGCAGGUCAUGUCAGGGGGUCGUCGCCGGAUAUUGGAGCGGUCUGCAUCGGAGGAGAGCGCAAGUGACCUGAGCUACUCACAUUUUCCUGGAGACACUUUGCCAUGGAACCUUCCCAAACACCAGCGCGUCAAACGCUCCAAAUCUGCCUCUGGAGACGUCCUGGACCCCGCAGAGAGAGCAGUCAUCCGCAUUGCAGAUGAACGGGAUAGAGUACAGAAAAAGACCUUCACAAAAUGGGUGAACAAGCAUCUGCUAAAGGCCCAGCGACACAUCACAGACCUGUAUGAAGAUCUCAGAGAUGGACACAACCUCAUCUCGCUGCUGGAGGUGCUGUCUGGAGAGACACUGCCCAGAGAGAAGGGCCGCAUGCGCUUUCACAAACUACAGAAUGUACAGAUCGCACUGGACUUCCUCAAACACAGACAGGUGAAACUGGUGAACAUCAGAAAUGACGACAUUGCGGAUGGAAACCCCAAGCUGACCUUAGGGCUGAUAUGGACAAUCAUCCUUCACUUCCAGAUCUCUGACAUCCAGGUGAAUGGUCAGUCAGAUGAUAUGACCGCCAAGGAGAAGCUGCUCUUGUGGUCUCAACGCAUGGUAGAGGGCUACCAGGGCCUGCGCUGCGAUAACUUCACCACCAGCUGGAGAGAUGGCAGGCUCUUCAACGCCAUCAUCCAUAAACACAGGCCGAAUUUGAUUGACAUGAAUAAGGUGUACAGACAGACCAACCUGGAGAAUCUGGAGCAGGCCUUCAGCAUAGCAGAGAGAGACCUGGGUGUCACUCGUCUGCUCGAUCCAGAAGAUGUGGACGUGCCACACCCAGAUGAGAAGUCCAUCAUCACAUAUGUCUCCUCCAUGUAUGACGUGAUGCCCAGAGUUCCUGAUGUUCAGGAUGGCGUCAAGGCCAAUGAGUUGGAGUUGCGCUGGCAGGAGUAUUACGAGCUGGUGACCAUGUUAAUCCAGUGGAUCAGACAUCACAUCAUUGUGUUUGAGGAACGAAAGUUCCCCACCAGCUAUGAGGAGAUUGAGGUUCUUUGGCGUCAAUUUUUAAAGUUCAAGGAGACUGAACUACCAGCCAAGGAGACUGACAAAAAUCGCUCCAAGCUCAUUUACAAGUCUUUUGAGGGUGCAGUGCAGGCAGGUCAGAUUAAGGUUCCUUCUGGUUACCACCCCCUCGAUGUGGAGAAGGAGUGGGGCCGUCUGCAUGUGGCCAUUCUGGAGCGAGAGAAACUGCUGCGCUCAGAGUUUGAGAGGUUGGAGCGUUUGCAGAGAAUAGUCAGUAAGGUACAGAUGGAGUCAGGUGUGUGUGAGGAGCAGCUCAACCAGGUGGAAACACUGUUACAGACGGAUGUACGUCUGCUGAGUGCAGGAAAGCCCAUCCAGCACAGGUCUGAGAUAGAAGCCGAUCUGAACAAGGCUGAAAACAUGAUCCGAUACCUUUUCAAUGAUGUGCAGUUACUGAAAGAUGGGCGCCACCUACAGGCAGAACAGAUGUACAGAAGGGUAUACCGUCUCCAUGAGCGUUUGGUUAACCUGCGCAGUGAGUAUAAUCUGCGUCUAAAGUCUGGCGUGACGGUGUCGCAGGUGCCCAUGACACAAGUGCCCAUGACCCAGAUCUCCCACGUCCAAACAUUGCAGCAGUCUCCCCAACGCGUCAGACCUGAGCUAGAUGAAGUCACUCUCAAAUACAUUCAGGACCUCGUGGCCUGGGUGGAGGAGAACCAGAAACGCAUCGACGGGGCAGAGUGGGGCGAAGACCUGCCCUCUGUGGAGUCACAACUUGGUAGCCACCGUGGCCUUCACCAGUCUAUAGAAGACUUCAAAUAUAAGAUCGAUCGUGCACGGGCUGAUGAGAAUCAGCUGACCCCUGUCAGUAAGGGAGCCUAUCGAGAAUACUUGGGCAAGCUGGACCUGCAGUACGGCAAACUGCUGAAUUCUUCCAAAGCACGACUGCACAGUCUGGAUCAGCUACAUGCUUUUGUUGUUGCCGCCACAAAAGAACUGAUGUGGUUGAAUGAGAAAGAAGAGGAGGAGGUGAACUACGACUGGAGCGAUCGAAACUCCAACAUGACAGCCAAGAAGGACAACUAUUCAGGUUUAAUGCGAGAACUUGAACAGAGAGAGAAGAGGGUGAACAAUGUCAAAGCAACUGGAGACAAACUGCUGAAAGAGGGCCAUCCUGCCAGGAAGACUGUGGAGGCUUUCUCAGCAGCUCUUCAGACACAGUGGAGUUGGAUCCUUCAACUUUGUUGUUGCAUUGAGACUCAUCUCAAAGAAAACACUGCUUACUUCCAGUUCUUCUCAGAUGUUAAAGAUGCUGAAGAGAGGAUGAAGAAGAUGGAAGACAUGAUGAAGAAGAAAUAUGUGUGUGAUCGCUCCAUCACAGUCACAAGGCUAGAAGAUCUGCUACAGGAUGCAGUGGAGGAAAAAGAUCAGCUGAAUGAGUUUAAGACACACCUUGAGGGCCUUAACAGGAGAGCCAAGACCAUCAUCCAGCUUAAACCAAGGAACCCGGCUAACCCCGUCAAGGGCAAAUUACCUGUUCAAGCUGUCUGUGACUUCAAACAAAUGGAGAUCACAGUGCACAAAGGAGAUGAGUGUGCCCUGGUGAACAACUCCCAGCCGUACAAGUGGAAAGUGCGAAACUCCAGUGGGAAUGAAGCCAUAGUACCGUCCAUCUGUUUCAACAUCCCUCCCAGCAAUAAAGAGGCCAUGGACAUGAGCUCUGGUUUGGAUGCAAGUCUGCAGAGGCUGAUGGUUCUGUGGCAAAGGCUGCAUGUGGAUAUGAAGAGCCUGCUGUCCUGGCAGUACCUCAUGCGAGAUAUCCAGCUUAUCAACUCCUGGAACUUCAUCAUGUUCAAGACACUGAGAGUGGAAGAGUAUCGACUGGCCCUGAAGAAUUUGGAGCUGCACUACCAGGCCUUUGUGCGUGACAGUCAGGAUUCUGAUCUCUUCGGUGCUGAUGAUCGCUUGCAAGCCGAAAACAGUUACGGCAAAGCCACUCAGCACUAUGACAACCUUCUACGCUCUGUUGAACAAGGGGAACAGGAUGAGUCAGUGUACAAGAGUUACAUUACACAGAUAAAAGACCUGAGGCUGAGGCUGGAAGGCUGUGAGUCCAGCACAGUUAACCGUCUCAGACAGCUGGUCGACAAGGAACCUCUCAAAGCCUGUGCACAGAGGACCACUGAACAGAAGAAAGUGCAGUCUGAGUUGGAUGGUAUAAAGAAAGACCUGGACAAGAUGGUGGAGAAGAGUGAAGCAAUGCUGGCCACCUCUCAGCAGUCUAGUUCUGUCCCAGUCCUGCGUUCAGAUAUAGACAUCACCCAGAAAAAGAUGGAGCAUGUCUACAGUCUAUCAUCUGUGUACCUGGACAAGCUGAAGACCAUUGACAUGGUAAUCCGCAGCACACAAGGAGCUGAGGACAUUCUCAACAAGUAUGAGAACCAGCUGCGAGAUGUGCAGAAUGUCCCUGUUAAUGAGAAAGAGGUUGAAGUCAACCAAACACAGCUCCAGAAAUUACGCUCAGCAGCAGAGGGCAAGCAAGCCAUCUUUGACCGCCUGGAGGAAGAGCUUCAAAGAGCUAUGGCGGUGAACGACCGGAUGUCUCAGCUGCACAGUGAACAUGAUAUAGAGCUGGAGCACUACAAACAGCUGGUGUGCAACCUGAGGGACCGCUGGCAGGCUGUAUUUGCUCAGAUUGAACUGAGACAGCGAGAACUAGACCUGCUGAGCAGACAGAUGCAGGCCUACAGACAGAGCUAUGACUGGCUUAUUAGCUGGAUAGCAGAUGCCAAGCAGAGGCAGAACAAGUUCCAUGCUUUUCCCAUUGGCGACAGCAAGGCCCUUCAAGAUCAGCUGGCCCAGGAGAAGAAACUUCUUGAGGAGAUUGAGAAGAACAAAGACAAAGUUGAUGAAUGCCAGAAAUAUGCUAAAGCAUACAUUGAUGCAAUAAAGGAUUAUGAGCUCCAGUUGAUGACAUAUAAAGCCUUAGUGGAGCCUACUGGUUCCCCUCUGAAGAAAACCAAAAUGGAGUCUGCAUCUGAUGACAUCAUCCAAGAGUAUGUGACUCUAAGAACACGCUACAGUGAGCUGAUGACUCUGUCAAGCCAGUAUAUUAAAUUCAUCACUGAGACACAGCGCCGCCUAGCAAUUGAAGAGAAAGCUGCUGAAAGACUUAAGGAGGAAGAGAGGAAAAAACUGGCCGAGAUGCAGGCCGAGCUAGACAAGCAGAGACAGUUAGCAGAAUCUCACGCAAAGGCUAUUACUAAAGCAGAACAAGAGGCCAAUGAGCUGAGGAUGAAGAUGAAAGAUGAAGUCGACAAACGACAGGAUGUUGCUGUUGACGCCGAGAAACAGAAGUACAAUAUCCAGAAAGAGCUGCAGGAGCUUAAAAGCCUUUCAGAGCAGGAAAUCAAGUCUAAAACAAAACAGGUAGAGGAGGCCCUCCAAAGCCGCACCAGAAUUGAAGAAGAGAUACAUAUUAUCAGACUCCAGCUAGAGACAACAACGAAACAAAAAACAACUGCUGAAACAGAGCUUCAGCAGCUCAGGGACAAAGCAGCAGAGGCUGACAAACUGCGAAAGGCAGCCCAGGAAGAGGCAGAGAAGCUUCGGAAGCAAGUUGCUGAAGAGACUCAGAAAAAACGCAAUGCAGAAGAUGAGCUUAAACUGAAAUCUGAGGCAGAGAAAAUGGCUGCUAAAGAGAAACAAAAGGCCCUUGAGGAUCUGGAGAAAUUUAAGCUGCAAGCUGAGGAAGCUGAGAGACACAUGAAGCAAGCAGAGCUGGAAAAGCAGAGACACAUUCAAGUGGUAGAGGAGGUGGCUAAGAAGACUGCAGCCACCGAGCUUCAGAGUAAACAAUUGUCUUUGACAGCAAAACUGGAAGAGUCACUCAAACAUGAGCAAGUAAUGGUCAUUCAGCUGCAAGAGGAGGCAGAACAUCUAAAAAAGCAGCAAGCCGAUGCAGAUAAGGCAAGAGAGCAGGCUGAGAAGGAACUAGAAACAUGGAGACAGAAGGCCAAUGAAGCACUCCGUCUCCGACUCCAGGCAGAAGAGGAGGCCAAUAAGAAAACUGCAGCUCAGGAGGAGGCAGAAAAACAAAAAGAGGAAGCCAAGCGGGAGGCAAAGAAGAGGGCAAAAGCUGAGGUGGCUGCACUUAAACAGAAAGAGACUGCAGAAAAGGAACUUGAAAAUCAAAGGAAAAAGGCUGAACAAACUGCUCAACAAAAGCUUACAGCAGAACAAGAGCUUAUUCGGUUAAGAGCAGAUUUUGACCAUGCUGACCAACAGAGAGCUGUCUUGGAUGAUGAGCUCCAGCGCCUCAAAAAUGAAGUCAAUGCUGCUGUUAAACAGAAGAAGGAACUCGAGGAGGAACUGGUCAAAGUUAGAAAGGAGAUGGAAGAGCUUCUGCAGCUAAAAUACAAAGCUGAGAAAAAGUCUGUGUCAAACACUGAAAAGAGCAAACAACUUCUUGAAUCUGAGGCAGCCAAGAUGAGGGAACUUGCUGAAGAGGCCACUAAACUGAGAUCAGUUUCAGAAGAAGCAAAGAGACAGAGGCAAGUCGCAGAGGAAGAAGCAGCUCACCAGAGAGCAGAGGCUGAAAAGAUCCUCAAAGAAAAGUUAGCAGCUAUUAAUGAAGCAAUUCGUCUAAAAACUGAGGCUGAAAUCGCUUUGAAAGAGAAGGAAGCUGAAAAUGAGCAUCUAAAGAGACAAGCAGAAGAGGAGGCUUACCAGAGAAAAGUCCUUGAAGAUCAAGCAGCACACCAUAAGCAAGCAAUUGAAGAAAAGAUUGAUCAGUUGAAGAAGUCCUCAGACAUUGAACUAGACAGGCAAAAGAAAAUUGUAGAAGAAACCUUGAAGCAGAGGAAAGUGGUAGAAGAGGAGAUCCACAUUCUCAAACUCAACUUUGAGAAGGCUUCAACUGGCAAACAAGACCUCGAAAUAGAGCUCAACAAACUGAAGAGCAUCGCAGAUGAGACUCAGAAGAGCAAAGCAAAGGCAGAAGAAGAAGCUGAGGAAUUCAGAAAACUUGCUUUGGAGGAAGAGAAAAAAAGGAAAGCAGCAGAGGAGAAGGUGAAACAAAUCCAAGCUGCAGAAGAAGAGGCAGCAAGACAGCACAAAGCUGCUCAAGAGGAGGUGGAACGUCUCAUAAAGAAAGCAGAAGAGGCCAAAAAGCAGAAAGAGAAUGCUGAGAAGGAAGCAGAGAAACAGAUCCUUGUAGCCAAAGAGGCUGCACAGAAGUGCUCUGCUGCUGAGCAGAAAGCCCAAGAUGUUCUUCUCCAACAAAAUAAAGAUAGCAUGGCACAGGAUAAACUCAAGGAAGAGUUUGAUAAGGCAAAAAAACUGGUACAAGAUGCAGAAAAUGCAAAAGACAAAGCUGAAAAAGAAGCUGCCCUGUUACGGAAGAAAGCAGAGGAAGCAGAGCAUCAGAAAACGGUAGCUGAGGCUGAAGCUGCCAAACAGGCCAAGGCCCAGGAAGAUGCAGAAAAAUUGAGAAAAGAAGCUGAAAAAGAAGCUUCCAGAGGGGCCGAGGCAGAGGCUGCUGCUUUGAAACAAAAACAAGAGGCUGAUGCUAAGAUGGCUAAGUACAAAAAGCUUGCAGAACAAACCAUGAAGCAGAAGUCUCAGGUUGAGGGAGAGUUAACAAAGGUUAAACUGCAACUUGAUGAAACAGACAAACAGAAAUCUAUCCUUGAUGAUGAACUCAAGCGACUCAAACAAGAGGUCAGUGUUGCUAUGAAGCAGAAAGGUCAAGUAGAGGAUGAGCUCUCAAAAGUCAAGAUUCAGAUGGAGGAGUUAAUGAAAUUGAAACUUAAAAUUGAGAAGGAAAAUCAAGAGCUUAUAAAGAAAGAUAAAGACAGUACAAAGAAACUCCUCAAGGAGGAGGCUGAGAACAUGAAAAAAUUGGCGGAGGAGGCAGCAAGACUUAGCUUAGAGGCUCAAGAAGCUGCAAGGUUACGGCAAAUUGCAGAGUCUGAUCUUGCCAAACAGAGGGAACUGGCUGAUAAGAUGCUUGAAGAGAAAAAGCAGGCCAUCCAGGAGGCAACAAAACUAAAGGCUGAAGCUGAAAAGCUCCAGAAACAAAAAGAUCAGGCACAGUUAGAGGCUCAAAAGCUGCUGGAGGCCAAAAAGGAGAUGCAGCAGCGUCUGGAGCAGGAGACCGAAGUUUUCCAGAAAUCCUUAGAGGCUGAACACAAACGACAAUUAGAGAUUACCACAGAGGCUGAGAAACUGAAGAUCAAGGUGACACAGCUUAGUGAUGCUCAGUCAAAAGCCGAGGAGGAAGCCAAAAAAUUCAAGAAACAAGCUGAUGAAAUCAAAGCCCGUCUGCAAAACACGGAAAAACAAACUUCAGAGAAACACACUGUUGUUGAGAAACUGGAAGUGCAGAGGUUGCAGAGCAAAAAAGAGGCUGAUGAUCUGCAUGAAGCAAUCGCAGAACUUGAGAAGGAAAGGGAAAAAUUGAAAAAAGAGGCAGCUGACUUACAAAAACAAUCAAAAGAGAUGGCCAAUGUUCAACAAGAACAAUUACUGCAGGAAAAGACAGUCCUCCAGCAAACUUUCUUAGUAGAAAAAGAGACACUGCUGAAAAAGGAGAAGGCCAUUGAGGCAGAGAAAAAGAAACUGGAAAAGCAAUUUGAAGAUGAAGUGAAAAAGGCUGAAGCGCUUAAAGAUGAACAGGAGCAUCAAAGGAAGCAGAUGGAGGAGGAGAGGAGAAAACUCCAGUCUGCCAUGGAUGCUGCUAUCAAAAAGCAAAAGGAUGCUGAGGAAGAGAUGCUUAACAAGCAAAAAGAGAUGCAAGAGCUUGAAAAGAAAAGAAUUGAACAAGAGAAGCUUCUGGCAGAAGAAAACAAGAACUUACGAGAAAAACUCCAGCAGCUUCAGAGUACACAGAAGCCAUCCCACACCAAGGAAAUUGAGAUCCAAACUGACAGUGUCCCUGAAGAAGAGUUAGUUCAAAUGACCAUGGUAGAAACAACAAACAAGGUCCUAAAUGGCUCUACAGAAGUAGAUGGUGUGAAAAAAGAUUUAUCUCUGGCAUUUGAUGGAAUUAGAGAGAAGGUGCCGGCAAGCAGGCUUUAUGACAUUGGUAUACUCAGCAAAAAAGAAUUUGACAAACUUAAGAAAGGCAAAACAACAGUGCAAGAACUUGCUAAGAAUGACAAAGUCAAGAUGUGCCUAAAGGGUAAUGAUUGCAUAGGCGGUGUAAUAGCUGAACCCAAUCAGAAAAUUAGCAUCUAUCAAGCUUUGAAGGACAAGAAGAUCACACCAAGUACAGCUAUAAUGCUUCUCGAAGCUCAGGCUGCAUCUGGUUACAUAAUUGACCCCCUCAAGAACCAGAGAUUCUCUGUCAAUGAAGCUGUGAAGGAUGCCUUGAUUGGACCUGAGUUACACACUAAAUUGCUAUCUGCUGAAAGGGCUGCCACAGGAUUUACUGACCCUUUCACUGGAGAUAAAAUCUCACUGUUUGAAGCUAUGAAAAAAGGUUUGAUCGCAGAGGACCAGGCCUUGAAACUUCUCGAUUCUCAAUAUGCAACUGGUGGAAUAAUCGAUCCAGUAAAUAGCCACCGUGUGCCAGUCCAAACAGCAUGCAAACAAGGUCAACUGGAUGAUGACCUAAGUAAAAUUCUGUCCAGUCCUCCUGCUGACAAAAAAGCAUUCAUUGACCCCAACACUCAGGAUAGCCUUACAUACUCUGAGCUACUGGAGCUAUGCAAACCAGAUCCUGAGACAGGCAUUCCAUUACUACCCAUCACAGGGAAAGCAGCACAAAUCGAAAUAACUUACACAGAUGAGGAAACCAAAGAUGUAUUUAGUAAAGCAAGCAUAACAGUUCCAUUUGGAAGAUUUAAAGGAAAGACUGUCACUAUCUGGGAGGUCAUAAACUCUGAGUACUUCACUGAAGAUCAGAGAAAGGAUCUAAUCCGUCAAUACAAGAUGGGCAAAAUUACAGUUGAAAAAAUUAUUAGGAUUGUAAUAACUGUUGUGGACGACAAAGAGAACAAGAAGGAACCUGCCUUUGAUGGUUUGAGAUCAUCAGUGUCUGCAUCUGAACUUCUGGAUGCAAAGGUUAUUAAUAAAGAUUUGUUUAAUAAAUUGCACAAUGGCGAAGCUACUCUUAAAGAGGUGUCCGAGCUUGAGCCUGUCAAGAAAGCCCUAAAGGGGACAAACAGUAUUGCUGGGGUGAUCAUUGAGUCGACUAAGGAAAGGAUAUCUUUUUACGAAGCCAUGAAGAAGGACUUUCUCGCAACAGAGCCUGCAUUAAAUCUUCUAGAGGCUCAAGCUGGAACAGGCUUCAUAAUUGAUCCUGUGAAAAACCAAAAGCUCACAGUUGAUGAAGCAGUCAAAUGUGGUGUUGUUGGCCCAGAGCUCCAUGAGAAAUUGCUGUCUGCCGAAAGAGCAGUUUGUGGUUACAAAGAUCCAUAUACUGGAAAAACUGUAUCCCUAUUUGAGGCCAUGCAAAAAGAUCUCAUUAAGAAAGACCAAGGUAUCCGUCUGUUGGAAGCCCAACUUGCAACUGGAGGAAUUAUUGACCCAGAGAAAAGCUACCGCAUCACUCCAGAUGUUGCAUAUAAACGUGGUUACCUAAAUGAAGAGAUAAACAAAAGUUUAAGCUUCCCAUCUGACUCCAGUACAGUAUUUAUUGACCCCAACACACAAGAAAAUGUCAUGUAUGCUGAACUGCUAAAAAGAUGCCUCACUGAUAAACAGACUGGUCUCCCAUUGCUUUUGCUCUCAGAAAAGGCAAUCAAGUCAAAAGAUAAGGAACCACUAUCUGAAAUGCAAAUUAAAGAGGCACUGAGCCAUUCUACGAUUGAGCUACACAGUGGACUGUUUAAAGGAAGAAAAGUCACCAUUUGGGAGAUCAUAAACUCUGAAUAUUUUACAGAGGAGCAAAGGAUUGAAUUUCUUCGACAGUAUAGAUCAGGACAAGUCACUAUUGAAAAACUGAUCAAGAUUGUGAUAACAAUAGUGGAUGAAAGAGAAAGGAAGCGACAAGAUAGCUUUGAAGGUUUCAGAGGACCUGUAACCGCCACUUCCUUGUUUGAAUCUAAAAUCAUUGACAAGGAUACAUAUGAUAAGCUCCAACAAGGCAAAAAGAAACCUGCAGAGGUUAGUGAAAUUGACUCCAUAAAACGCUACUUGCGUUCUGAUUGUAUUGCUGGGGUAUUUGUUGAAAAAACGAAAGAAAAACUCAGCAUUUACCAAGCAAUAAAGCAGAAACUACUGACUCGAAACACAGGUCUGUCCCUGCUGGAGGCCCAAGCAGCUACUGGGUACAUAAUUGAUCCCAUCAGGAAUGAGAAGUUUACAGUGGAUGGUGCUGUAAAGGCUGGUAUUGUUGGUCCAGAACUACAUGAGAAACUACUUUCAGCAGAGAAAGCUGUUACUGGUUACAAAGAUCCAUACACUGGUAGUAAGAUCUCUCUUCUCCAAGCAAUGCAGAAACAGCUUGUUCUAAGAGAACAUGCCAUAACUCUUCUAGAUGCUCAGGAGGCCACUGGAGGAAUUAUUGAUCCAGUAAAUAGCCAUCGCCUUCCCAGUGAUAUAGCCAUUCAGCGUGGCUACUUCAGCAAGCAAUUGGCUAAGUCUUUUAAAGAUCCCUCAGAUGACAUCAAAAGUUUCACUGACCCCAACAAAGAUGAGAGCGUCACAUACAAACAACUGAAAGAGAGAUGCAUGACCGAUCCAGACUUUGGAAUUUGCCUGCUACCACUCUCUAAAGCCGAGGCUCCAGAACAAGCUGAAAAAUCCUACGUUUACACAGAGGAACAAGCACAAACUGACUUAGCUAACAGUCAAGUAGACAUACCACAUGGAAGUUUUGCUGGGAAACAAGUGACAUUAUGGGAAGUCAUGAAGUCAGAUUUGAUUCCAGAGGAGGAAAAACAAAGGCUUCUUGAGCAGUACCGCUCAGGCAAAAUCACAAAAGAGAGAAUGAUCAUAAUUAUAAUUGAAAUCAUUGAACAAAGAGAGAUCAUCAAGACUGAGCAAAGCAUGUCGUGUGAUGUAAUCAGACGGCGGGUUACUAUUGAGGAACUUUACAGAGCUCGUAUUAUAGAUCUUGAAACUUACAACCUGCUUCAACAAGGCAAGAAAACCAUCCGGGAGGUCAUGGAGAUGCCACGUGUGAAGCAGUACCUCUUUGGAACGGGCAGCAUUGCUGGAGUAAUCUCCGAUAACUUUGCUAAGAUUAGUAUCUACCAAGCCAUGAAGAGAGGUCUCAUCAAGCCUGACAUUGGCAUUGAUCUGUUGGAGGCACAAGCAGCAACAGGGUUUAUCACUGACCCUGUUAAAGAUCAAUUAUUAACAGUUGACGAAGCUGUCCGCAAGGGUCUUGUUGGCCCAGAGAUUCAUGACAAACUCUUGUCUGCUGAGAGAGCAGUCACAGGUUACAAGGAUCCAUACAGUGGGAAGGUAAUUUCUCUCUUCCAAGCCAUGAAAAAGGACCUUGUGUCUGAAGAUUAUGCCUUGAAGCUUUUAGAGGCCCAGGUAGCAACAGGUGGCCUCAUGGAUCCAGAAUACUACUUCCGCCUCCCAAAUGAUGUUGCCAUGCAACGUGGAUACAUUAACAAAGAAACCAGUGAGAGGAUAUCUGAUCCAAGUGGAGAAGUCAAGCAAUUUACAGACCCAACAACAGAUGAAAAGCUGUCUUAUGCACUACUUCUCAAAAGAUGCAAAGUGGAUAAAGAAAGUGGCUUACGACUAUUGUCUCUGGCAGACAAGAGACUUCUAUUUAAGGGCCUCAGAAAGCAAAUCACCCCAGAUGAGUUGUUGCUCUCUCAGAUAAUUGAUCAGGAGACCUACACGGCGCUGAUGGAAGGUACAAUCUUUGUAGAAGACCUCAGUAAAGACCUGAAGAAAUAUCUUGAAGGCAUCAGCUCUAUUGCAGGUGUGUUUGUAGAGGCAACCAAAGACAGACUAUCAGUCUACCAAGCCAUGAAGAAGAACAUGAUCAGACCAGGCACCGCAUUUGAACUUCUGGAGGCUCAAGCAGCUACUGGGUAUGUGAUUGAUCCAAUAAAAAAUCUGAAAAUGAAUGUCAACGAAGCAGUAAAAAUGGGAGUUGUGGGACCAGAAUUUAAAGACAAGCUUCUCUCUGCUGAACGGGCUGUGACUGGCUACAAAGAUCCAUACUCUGGCAAGGUGAUCUCCCUCUUCCAGGCUAUGAAAAAAGGUCUCAUUCUGAAAGAUCAUGGCAUCCGUCUGCUUGAGGCUCAAAUAGCCACAGGUGGAAUCAUUGAUCCUGAGGAAAGUCACCGACUACCAGUGGAAGUGGCUUACAAACGUGGUCUAUUCGAUGAGGAGAUGAAUGGCAUUCUUACUGAUCCCUCUGAUGACACUAAGGGGUUCUUCGAUCCAAACACAGAGGAGAAUUUGACCUACCUCCAGCUCAUGGAGCGGUGCAUUACAGACCCUGAAACUGGACUUUCUCUUUUACUGCUCAAAGAGAAGAAACGGGAAAGAAAGACAUCCUCAAAGUCUUCAGUGCGCAAACGCAGAGUUGUUAUUGUAGAUCCAGAAACAGGAAAAGAAAUGUCUGUCUAUGAGGCAUACCGCAAAGGUCUUAUUGACCAUCAAACAUACAUUGAGCUUGCAGAACAAGAGUGUGAAUGGGAGGAAAUUACCACCUCGUCGUCAGAUGGUGUUGUUAAGUCUAUGAUUACUGACAGAAGAUCUGGGCGGCAAUAUGACAUUGAUGAUGCAAUCUCUAAGGGUCUCAUAGACCAAUCAUCUUUGGACCAGUACCGUGCUGGAACUCUUUCCAUCACAGAAUUUGCUGACAUGCUUUCUGGAAAUAUGAGUGGUUUCAGAUCACGUUCAUCUUCCUUUGGAUCCAGCUCAUCCUAUCCAAUGAGCCCCGUUCCCUCCAUCAAGACACCAGCUACAACCUGGAGUGACCCAACAGAGGAAACUGGACCAGUGGCUGGAAUCUUAGAUACAGAUACUUUGGAAAAGGUGUCGGUCACAGAGGCUAUGCAUCGAAAUCUAGUUGACAACAUCACCGGUCAAAGACUGCUAGAAGCACAAGCAUGCACAGGAGGAAUUAUUGACCCCAAUACUGGAGAAAAGUUCUCUGUUGCAGAUGCAAUGAGCAAAGGGCUGGUGGACAAGAUUAUGGUGGAGCGUAUCAACUUGGCUCAGAAAGCUUUUCAGGGAUUUGAGGAUCCAAGAACCAAAACCAAAAUGUCUGCCGCUCAAGCCUUAAAAAAGGGUUGGCUGUACUAUGAAGCUGGUCAACGUUUCCUUGAAGUCCAGUACCUAACAGGUGGAUUAAUUGAACCAGAAGUUGCAGGAAGAGUAUCACUGGAUGAUGCCGUGAGGAAAGGCACUCUAGAUGCACGCACUGCACAAAAACUGAGGGAUGUUAGUGGAUAUUCCAAAUAUCUCACCUGCCCCAAAACCAAACUCAAAAUAUCAUACAAGGAUGCCAUGGAGAGAAGCAUGAUCGAGGAAGGAUCUGGCCUGCGUUUGCUAGAGGCUUCCUCCCAGUCAAGUAAAGGUCUUUACAGCCCAUAUAGCAUCAGUGGCUCUGGAUCAACUUCAGGAUCUAGGUCUGGAUCCAGACCUAGUUCAAGAUCAGGCUCUAGAAGGGGAAGUUUUGAUGCUACUGGCUCAGGUUUCUCCAUGAGCUUUACCUCAUCCUACAGCCCCACUAGUUAUGGUCGGCGUUAUGAUUCAGGGGCAUAUUGUGGACUUCAGAUGGAUGAGCUAGAGCAGGCCCUUACUGCUUUAGCAUCAGGCAGGAACUGUUGCUAUGAAGACAAGGGAAUAUUCAAAUUAUCACAACCACAGUCCACUUUAGAAAAUUGUAAUUCUCAUGGAACAGUAGCUGGAGUGUUCCUUGAAUAUUUGAAUGAACCCAUCACAAUUUACCAAGCCAAUAAGAAGCGCUUGCUGAAUCCAGGAACGUGUUUGGCACUGUUAGAAGCCCAAGCUGCAACUGGAGGAAUUAUUGAUCCCAUCAAAAACAGACAGCUCUCUGUCGAAGAUGCAGUCAAAGAAGGAAUUGUGGGACAUGAAAUAAAAGAAAAACUUCAGUUUGCAGAGAAGGCCAUCAGUGGUUACAUAGAUCCUUACACCAAACAACAAAUCUCACUGUAUCAGGCCAUGCAGAAGGAUGUCAUCCCAAAAGAAUAUGGCAUUAGAUUACUUAAAGCACAGAUCUCCACCAAAGGCAUCUAUGAUCCUAUUGAAAAAUGCUACAUAACUGAGGAGCAAGCUUGUGAGAGGGGUCACUAUGAUAAAGAUAUAUUCAGAGACCAAAUGGAUGUUCUAAAAGUAUUCUAUGACCCAAAAUCUCAGGAAAAACUCACCUAUCCAUUAUUGAUGGAGAAAUGCACUGUAGCUCCAGAAACAGGUUUGCUGCUGUUCCCAAUUUACAUCACGUUCAAAGGCCUUCGCAGAGGUGUAACCUCCAGUGAGCUCCUGGCAUCAAAAAUAAUUGACCAACAAACAUACGAACAUCUGCAAAAGGGCAAGAAAACCACCCAGGAUGUGAUGCUAAUAGAGACAGUGAAAGAAUAUCUAGAAGGUAAAGGAAGCAUUGGGGGAAUAGCUGUGCUCUCCUCUAAUAAGAAAAUGAGCAUCUAUCAGGCAAUGAGACAAGGAAUAAUCAUGCCUGGUUCUGCUUUGUUUCUGCUGGAAGCCCAGGCGGCAACUGGAUUCAUGAUUGAUCCAGUUUUAAACAAGACUUUCAGUGUAGAUGAUGCCAUUAAACAAAAACUUGUAGGACCAGAGUACCAUGCAAAAUUGCUUGCAGCAGAACGUGCAGUCACUGGUUACAAUGACCCAUACACUGGUAAAACCAUUUCCCUUUUUCAAGCUCUAAAGAAGGAACUGAUUGUGAAGGAGCAUGGGAUCCGUUUGCUCGAGGCACAAAUUGCAACUGGUGGAAUUAUUGAUCCAAUAAACAGUCUCAGAGUUCCCAUGGAUGUAGCAUACAAGCGUGACUUAUUUGACGAGGAAAUGAAUGCCAUUCUUGAGGAUCCUGGAGAUGACACUAAAGGAUUCUUUGACCCAAACACAAAGGAAAAUCUUACAUACCUGCAACUGCUGGGUCGUUGUGUCAUUGACCCCUCAACGGGACUCACAUUGCUGCCCAUUCAGGAUCAAUCAGGCAAUCUCAAUCACACAUUCAUUGGCUAUGACAUCAAAAAAGUCCUCAAGGAUGUGAUGGUAAAAGUGACAUGUGGGAAAUACAUGGGAAUGACUGUUUCACUCUGGGAAUUACUCAUGUCGGAAUAUUUCACUGAAGAGCAAAGGCAUGAUAUCAUCCGUCAAUACAGAAACAGAACACUCACAAUUGAUAUGAUAGUCACCAAAGUCCUGGAGAUAAUUAAACAAUCAAUUAAAACAGCCAAUGUAAUUUUUGAGGGCAUAAGGGAAAAGGUCAGUGCAACCCAGCUUUUCGAGGCAGACAUCAUCACUCAGAAUGAUCUUGAAGAUCUAAAAAUAGGAAAAAUUACUGUAAAAGAUGUUACAGAGAAUGAAUCUGUGCAAACAUACCUACAAGGUAAACCAAGCAUUUCUGGUGUGCUGCUUCCUGACUCCCAACUCAUGUCAAUCUACCAGGCCAGACAAAAAGGAAUUCUAAGGCCAGGAACAUCACUCAUUCUGCUGGAAGCCCAGGCAGCAACAGGAUUCAUUAUUGAUCCAAAUGCUAAUCAAAAGUUCUCUGUCGAUGACGCUGUGAAGGCACGGGUGGUAGGGGUUGAUCUUCAUGCAAAACUUUGCUCAGCAGAGAAGGCAGUGAUUGGUUACCAUGAUCCUGACACUGGUAAUAAAAUCUCAUUGUUUCAGGCAAUGCAGAAAGAUUUAAUUGUAAAAGAUCAUGGCAUACGUCUGCUGGAGGCCCAGAUUGCCACAGGGGGCAUUAUUGAUCCGGUAAAUAGCCAUCGCAUUCCAGUUCAUACAGCUUACAAACGGGGAUACUUUGAUACUGAAAUGAAACAGAUUCUCGACAAUCUGACUGAUGACACAAAAGGAUUCUUUGACCCAAACACUCACGAAAACCUUACUUAUAUGCAGCUUAUGUCCAGAUGUGUGACUGACCAAAGCACAGGCCUUUGCCUUUUGCCAAUCAAAGGGAAAGACAACAGAAUCAUGAUAGCAGACAGCACCAAAGAGGCACUUCAAACCACAUUUGUCUCUGUGAGAUAUGGCAGGUUCAGCAACAAGAGAGUAACACUCUGGGAGCUCAUUAACACAGAUUAUUUGUCUGAGGACAAAAGGCAGGAGCUGAUCAAACAGUACAAGUCAAAAUCUAUCACAAUCGAAGAAAUCAUUACAAUAAUUUUAAAAAUCAUUGAAACCAAAGAAGUACAAAGAAAUGCAGAUCUCAGCGUCAACGGUUUGAGGGGAAAAGUCUCCAUUUUGGAGCUGCUGAAUUUGGGUAUCAUAGAUGAAAAAACAUAUAAAGACUUGCUUGAGGGGAAGCUAACAAUCAAAGAUCUUCUUGAGAUGGACACUGUGAGGACCUUCCUCAGGGGAACAAGCUGUAUAGCUGGUAUAAUAGUGCAAAAGUCUAAUCAGAAACUGAGCAUCUAUCAAGCCAAAAAAGAGGGUCUUGUUACCCCUGGUACUGCCCUGUGUCUUCUCGAAGCACAGGCUGCCACUGGGUUUAUUGUUGAUCCGAUACAAAACAAGAAACUCACUGUUGAGGAGGCCUUGAAACAGAAAGUCAUCGCUCCUGAGUUUUAUGAAAAGCUCCUGGCUGCUGAGAAAGCAGUAACUGGUUACAAAGACCCAUUCACUGGCAAGACAAUAUCACUUUUCGAAUCCAUGAAGAAAGAUCUCAUUCUAAAGCAGCAUGGCAUACGUCUACUUGAAGCCCAGAUUGCUACAGGUGGCAUCAUUGAUCCAUUAACAUGUCUACAUUUGCCACUUGAAGUUGCUUUCAGGAAGGGCUAUUUUGAUGCUGACUUAAACCAGAUCCUUGCAGAUCCCAGUGAUGACACCAAAGGGUUUUUUGAUCCUACCACUCAAGAAAAUCUGACCUACAUGGAGAUGAUGGCACGGUGCAUCAAGGAUAAUGACACCGGUCUUUUCCUUUUUCCACUGGGUGAAAAAGGGAAAACACAAGAAAAAGCACAGAAAAUUCUCUCAGAUGCUGAGAUUAAGGAAGUCUUUUUGAAAAACACUGUUGUCAUUCCUGUUGGUAUUUUCUCUGGAAAAUCACUGUCCCUCUGGGAGGUAAUUUACUCUGUGUACUUCACUGAAGAACAGAGGCAGCAGUGCUUUGAACAGUACCGUUUGGGCAAGAUAAAUAUGAAGGAUGUUGCCUCAAUGGUUCUCACAACAAUCCAAAAACUGGAAAAAAAAGAAGCAAUUCCUCAAAUAACAAUGGGCUUGAGAAAACCUGUUUCUAUGCAACAGCUGCAUGAUUCUGGAAUCAUUGAAACCAAAACCUACAAGGAUCUGCAAGAUGGUAAGACAACCAUUGAAAAUGUGGUAAAACUUGAAUCUGUACAAAGGUACUUGAAAGGCACUGGAAGUAUUGCAGGAGUAAAGCUUCAUCCAUCAGGAAAAGUGACAAGUUUAUACACAGCAAAAACUGAAAGCUUGCUCUGUCCUGAUGCAGCUCUAAUAUUGCUUGAGGCUCAGGCAGCAACUGGAUAUGUUAUUGAUCCAAUCAGAAACAAAUAUCUGUCAGUCAUGGAGGCUGCCAGAGCUCAACUUAUUGGACCAGAGAUAUUAGAGCACUUACUCUUGGCCGAACGUAGCGUAACUGGUUUCACAGACCCGUACUCAGAUGAGCAAAUAUCCUUAUUUGAAGCAAUGAAAAAAGGUCUCAUCCCUCGAAACCAUGGACUGCAUCUUUUAGAUGCACAGCUCGCUACAGGGGGAAUAAUUGAUCCGAUUGGAAGCUACCGGUUACCUCUUCAGAGGGCAAUAAUGCAAGGAUAUAUGGAUAAGGAGACUAAUGAGCUCCUAGCAAAUCCCAGUGGUAGUGGAAAAGGGUAUUCAGACCCAAACACAAAAGAAUCCCUUACAUACAAUCAACUCAAGCAGAAAUGUGUGAGAGAUCCAACCACAGGACUACUACUUCUCCAUGUAAACGAAAAAAGUUUUGAAAGCUCGAUGUACAGUGACAAACAAAUAGUAAAUGUCUUCAAAGAGAAAUCAGUGAUCAUCAAUGCUGGGAAGUUUGAAGGUAAACGUGUACCACUUUGGGAUGCAAUACACUCAGAGUACAUAUCUGCAGAGAAAAGGAAAGAGUUCCUUGACAUGCACAAACAGAAAAAAAUGUCCAUUGAAGAGAUAACAGAAAUGGUUACAGCGAUAAUAAUGGAGGUAACAACAAAAAAACAUUCAUUUAAAGGUUUGAGAAAACAAGUAUCAGCAAGAGAACUUUUUGAAGCAAAAAUCAUUUCUAAAGAAAUGUUUAGUAAGCUUAUCAAUGAAGAAGUACAAGAUGAAGAUAUUGACAAAAUGGAAUCCAUUCAAAAAUACCUUGGAGCAACAAAUUGUAUUGCUGGUGUACAUAUUCAGUCUACCAAACAGAACAUGAGCAUCUAUGAAGCUAAAAAAAGGGGACUUCUGACUCCUGGAACAUCUCUGGUAUUGCUGGAGGCACAGGCUGCAACUGGCUUUAUGAUUGAUCCAGUUAAGAACACAAAGUUGUCAGUAGAACAGGCGGUGGCUGAAGGCAUUGUUGGGAUGGAAUGGAAAAGCAAACUGCUCUCAGCAGAGCGGGCAGUCACUGGUUAUACAGACCCCCACACAGGGAAAACAAUCUCUUUGUUCCAGGCCUUAAAAAAAGAUCUUAUUGUCAAAGACCAUGGCAUUCGUCUUCUUGAAGCUCAGAUUGCUACAGGAGGCAUCAUUGAUCCUGUGCACAGUCACCGUGUUCCUGUGGAAGUAGCGUACCAAAGAGGUUACUUUGAUAAGGAGAUGAACAAAAUACUUAAUGAUCCAGAUGAUGACACCAAGGGCUUCUUUGAUCCCAACACACAAGAAAAUCUCACAUACUUGCAGCUCGUGGAGCGUUGUAUUAGAGACCCAAUCACUGGCCUCAGCCUCCUUGUCAUUGUGAAGAAGGGUGAGUAUUAUUUCUUCAUUGAUGAACAUACAAAACAUAUCCUCAAGUCUACAACCACAAACAAAGCAGGAGGUAAAUUCCAAGGGCAUCUGGUGUCUCUCUGGGAUCUGCUGUACUCUGAUUACAUCACUGAGGAAAGGAGAAGAGAUCUGGUGCAGCAGUUCAAAUCAGGCACAAUAACCAUUGAAAAAUUCUUGGAAAUUGUUCUAACACUGGUAUCACAGAAAUCAGGACCAUGUACCUCAACCAUUACCACAACAAAAUCUACGAUAACAACUGAGACAACCCAAAAUAAAAGUUUCCAAGGUAUCAGAAAGGAUGUGAGUGCUGACGAGUUGCUGAAAUCCAAAAUCAUUGAUGAGAAAACUUACCAAGACCUAUCUUCUGGAAAAGUCACAGUCAAUCAUGUAAGUGAAAUGGACUCUGUGCGAAAAUAUCUACAAGGAACCAAUAGCAUAGCUGGUGUAUUUGUCCAGUCUACCAAACAGAUCAUGAGCAUCUAUGAAGCCAAAAAUAAAGGACUUCUGACUCCUGGAACAUCUUUUGUUUUGCUGGAGGCUCAGGCUGCCACUGGCUUUAUGAUUGACCCAGUCAAGAACAAAAAGCUGUCGGUAGAACAGGCGGUGGCCGAAGGGAUAGUUGGGACAGAAUGGAAAAGCAAACUGCUCUCUGCAGAACGGGCAGUCACUGGUUACACUGACCCCCUCACAGGAAAUACAAUCUCUUUGUUCCAGGCCUUGAAAAAAGAUCUUAUUGUCAAAGACCACGGCAUUCGUCUUCUUGAAGCUCAGAUCGCUACAGGAGGCAUCAUUGAUCCUGUGCACAGUCACCGUGUUCCUGUGGAAGUAGCGUACCAAAGAGGUUACUUUGAUGAGGAGAUAAACAAAAUACUUAAUGAUCCAGAUGAUGACACCAAGGGCUUCUUUGAUCCCAACACACAAGAAAAUCUCACAUACUUGCAGCUCGUGGAGCGUUGUGUUAGAGAACCAAUCACUGGCCUCAGCCUCCUUGUCAUUGUGAAGAAGGGUGAGUAUUACUUCUUCAUCGAUGAACAUACAAAGCACAUACUUAAGUCUGCAACCACAAACAAAGCAGGAGGUAAAUUCCAAGGGCAUCUGGUGUCUCUCUGGGAUCUGCUGUACUCUGAUUACAUCACUGAGGAAAGGAGAAGAGAUCUGGUGCAGCAGUUCAAAUCAGGCACAAUAACCAUUGAAAAAUUCUUGGAAAUUGUUCUAACACUGGUAUCACAGAAAUCAGGACCAUGUACCUCAACCAUUACCACAACAAAAUCUACGAUAACAACUGAGACAACCCAAAAUAAAAGUUUCCAAGGUAUCAGAAAGGAUGUGAGUGCUGACGAGUUGCUGAAAUCCAAAAUCAUUGAUGAGAAAACUUACCAAGACCUAUCUUCUGGAAAAGUCACAGUCAAUCAUGUAAGUGAAAUGGACUCUGUGCGAAAAUAUCUACAAGGAACAAAUAGCAUUGCUGGUGUUUUUAUCCAGUCUACCAAUAAGACCAUGAGCAUCUUUGAAGCCAAAAAUAAAGGACUUCUGACUCCUGGAACAUCUUUGGUUUUGUUGGAGGCUCAGGCUGCCACUGGCUUUAUGAUUGACCCAGUUAGGAACAAAAAGCUGUCGGUAGAACAGGCGGUGGCCGAAGGGAUAGUUGGGACAGAAUGGAAAAGCAAACUGCUCUCUGCAGAACGGGCAGUCACUGGUUACACUGACCCCCACACAGGGAAAACAAUCUCUUUGUUCCAGGCCUUGAAAAAAGAUCUUAUUGUCAAAGACCACGGCAUUCGUCUUCUUGAAGCUCAGAUCGCUACAGGAGGCAUCAUUGAUCCUGUGCACAGUCACCGUGUUCCUGUGGAAGUAGCGUACCAAAGAGGUUACUUUGAUGAGGAGAUGAACAAAAUACUUAAUGAUCCAGAUGACGACACCAAGGGCUUCUUUGAUCCCAACACACAAGAAAAUAUCACAUACUUGCAGCUCGUGGAGCGUUGUGUUAGAGACCCAAUCACUGGCCUCAGCCUCCUUGUCAUUGUGAAGAAGGGUGAGUAUUACUUCUUCAUCGAUGAACAUACAAAGCACAUACUUAAGUCUACAACCACAAACAAAGCAGGAGGUAAAUUCCAAGGGCAUCUGGUGUCUCUCUGGGAUCUGCUGUACUCUGAUUACAUCACUGAGGAAAGGAGAAGAGAUCUGGUGCAGCAGUUCAAAUCAGGCACAAUAACCAUUGAAAAAUUCUUGGAAAUUGUUCUAACACUGGUAUCACAGAAAUCAGGACCAUGUACCUCAACCAUUACCACAACAAAAUCUACGAUAACAACUGAGACAACCCAAAAUAAAAGUUUCCAAGGUAUCAGAAAGGAUGUGAGUGCUGACGAGUUGCUGAAAUCCAAAAUCAUUGAUGAGAAAACUUACCAAGACCUAUCUUCUGGAAAAGUCACAGUCAAUCAUGUAAGUGAAAUGGACUCUGUGCGAAAAUAUCUACAAGGAACCAAUAGCAUAGCUGGUGUAUUUGUCCAGUCUACCAAUCAGAUCAUGAGCAUCUAUGAAGCCAAAAAUAAAGGACUUCUGACUCCUGGAACAUCUUUUGUUUUGCUGGAGGCUCAGGCUGCCACUGGCUUUAUGAUUGACCCAGUCAAGAACAAAAAGCUGUCGGUAGAACAGGCGGUGGCCGAAGGGAUAGUUGGGACAGAAUGGAAAAGCAAACUGCUCUCUGCAGAACGGGCAGUCACUGGUUACACUGACCCCCUCACAGGGAAAACAAUCUCUUUGUUCCAGGCCUUGAAAAAAGAUCUUAUUGUCAAAGACCACGGCAUUCGUCUUCUUGAAGCUCAGAUCGCUACAGGAGGCAUCAUUGAUCCUGUGCACAGUCACCGUGUUCCUGUGGAAGUAGCGUACCAAAGAGGUUACUUUGAUGAGGAGAUAAACAAAAUACUUAAUGAUCCAGAUGAUGACACCAAGGGCUUCUUUGAUCCCAACACACAAGAAAAUCUCACAUACUUGCAGCUCGUGGAGCGUUGUGUUAGAGAACCAAUCACUGGCCUCAGCCUCCUUGUCAUUGUGAAGAAGGGUGAGUAUUACUUCUUCAUCGAUGAACAUACAAAGCACAUACUUAAGUCUGCAACCACAAACAAAGCAGGAGGUAAAUUCCAAGGGCAUCUGGUGUCUCUCUGGGAUCUGCUGUACUCUGAUUACAUCACUGAGGAAAGGAGAAGAGAUCUGGUGCAGCAGUUCAAAUCAGGCACAAUAACCAUUGAAAAAUUCUUGGAAAUUGUUCUAACACUGGUAUCACAGAAAUCAGGACCAUGUACCUCAACCAUUACCACAACAAAAUCUACGAUAACAACUGAGACAACCCAAAAUAAAAGUUUCCAAGGUAUCAGAAAGGAUGUGAGUGCUGACGAGUUGCUGAAAUCCAAAAUCAUUGAUGAGAAAACUUACCAAGACCUAUCUUCUGGAAAAGUCACAGUCAAUCAUGUAAGUGAAAUGGACUCUGUGCGAAAAUAUCUACAAGGAACAAAUAGCAUUGCUGGUGUUUUUAUCCAGUCUACCAAUCAGACCAUGAGCAUCUUUGAAGCCAAAAAUAAAGGACUUCUGACUCCUGGAACAUCUUUGGUUUUGUUGGAGGCUCAGGCUGCCACUGGCUUUAUGAUUGACCCAGUUAGGAACAAAAAGCUGUCGGUAGAACAGGCGGUGGCCGAAGGGAUAGUUGGGACAGAAUGGAAAAGCAAACUGCUCUCUGCAGAACGGGCAGUCACUGGUUACACUGACCCCCACACAGGGAAAACAAUCUCUUUGUUCCAGGCCUUGAAAAAAGAUCUUAUUGUCAAAGACCACGGCAUUCGUCUUCUUGAAGCUCAGAUCGCUACAGGAGGCAUCAUUGAUCCUGUGCACAGUCACCGUGUUCCUGUGGAAGUAGCGUACCAAAGAGGUUACUUUGAUGAGGAGAUGAACAAAAUACUUAAUGAUCCAGAUGACGACACCAAGGGCUUCUUUGAUCCCAACACACAAGAAAAUAUCACAUACUUGCAGCUCGUGGAGCGUUGUGUUAGAGACCCAAUCACUGGCCUCAGCCUCCUUGUCAUUGUGAAGAAGGGUGAGUAUUACUUCUUCAUCGAUGAACAUACAAAGCACAUACUUAAGUCUACAACCACAAACAAAGCAGGAGGUAAAUUCCAAGGGCAUCUGGUGUCUCUCUGGGAUCUGCUGUACUCUGAUUACAUCACUGAGGAAAGGAGAAGAGAUCUGGUGCAGCAGUUCAAAUCAGGCACAAUAACCAUUGAAAAAUUCUUGGAAAUUGUUCUAACACUGGUAUCACAGAAAUCAGGACCAUGUACCUCAACCAUUACCACAACAAAAUCUACGAUAACAACUGAGACAACCCAAAAUAAAAGUUUCCAAGGUAUCAGAAAGGAUGUGAGUGCUGACGAGUUGCUGAAAUCCAAAAUCAUUGAUGAGAAAACUUACCAAGACCUAUCUUCUGGAAAAGUCACAGUCAAUCAUGUAAGUGAAAUGGACUCUGUGCGAAAAUAUCUACAAGGAACAAAUAGCAUUGCUGGUGUUUUUAUCCAGUCUACCAAUCAGACCAUGAGCAUCUUUGAAGCCAAAAAUAAAGGACUUCUGACUCCUGGAACAUCUUUGGUUUUGUUGGAGGCUCAGGCUGCCACUGGCUUUAUGAUUGACCCAGUUAGGAACAAAAAGCUGUCGGUAGAACAGGCGGUGGCCGAAGGGAUAGUUGGGACAGAAUGGAAAAGCAAACUGCUCUCUGCAGAACGGGCAGUCACUGGUUACACUGACCCCCACACAGGGAAAACAAUCUCUUUGUUCCAGGCCUUGAAAAAAGAUCUUAUUGUCAAAGACCACGGCAUUCGUCUUCUUGAAGCUCAGAUCGCUACAGGAGGCAUCAUUGAUCCUGUGCACAGUCACCGUGUUCCUGUGGAAGUAGCGUACCAAAGAGGUUACUUUGAUGAGGAGAUGAACAAAAUACUUAAUGAUCCAGAUGACGACACCAAGGGCUUCUUUGAUCCCAACACACAAGAAAAUAUCACAUACUUGCAGCUCGUGGAGCGUUGUGUUAGAGACCCAAUCACUGGCCUCAGCCUCCUUGUCAUUGUGAAGAAGGGUGAGUAUUACUUCUUCAUCGAUGAACAUACAAAGCACAUACUUAAGUCUACAACCACAAACAAAGCAGGAGGUAAAUUCCAAGGGCAUCUGGUGUCUCUCUGGGAUCUGCUGUACUCUGAUUACAUCACUGAGGAAAGGAGAAGAGAUCUGGUGCAGCAGUUCAAAUCAGGCACAAUAACCAUUGAAAAAUUCUUGGAAAUUGUUCUAACACUGGUAUCACAGAAAUCAGGACCAUGUACCUCAACCAUUACCACAACAAAAUCUACGAUAACAACUGAGACAACCCAAAAUAAAAGUUUCCAAGGUAUCAGAAAGGAUGUGAGUGCUGACGAGUUGCUGAAAUCCAAAAUCAUUGAUGAGAAAACUUACCAAGACCUAUCUUCUGGAAAAGUCACAGUCAAUCAUGUAAGUGAAAUGGACUCUGUGCGAAAAUAUCUACAAGGAACAAAUAGCAUUGCUGGUGUUUUUAUCCAGUCUACCAAUAAGACCAUGAGCAUCUUUGAAGCCAAAAAUAAAGGACUUCUGACUCCUGGAACAUCUUUGGUUUUGUUGGAGGCUCAGGCUGCCACUGGCUUUAUGAUUGACCCAGUUAGGAACAAAAAGCUGUCGGUAGAACAGGCGGUGGCCGAAGGGAUAGUUGGGACAGAAUGGAAAAGCAAACUGCUCUCUGCAGAACGGGCAGUCACUGGUUACACUGACCCCCACACAGGGAAAACAAUCUCUUUGUUCCAGGCCUUGAAAAAAGAUCUUAUUGUCAAAGACCACGGCAUUCGUCUUCUUGAAGCUCAGAUCGCUACAGGAGGCAUCAUUGAUCCUGUGCACAGUCACCGUGUUCCUGUGGAAGUAGCGUACCAAAGAGGUUACUUUGAUGAGGAGAUGAACAAAAUACUUAAUGAUCCAGAUGACGACACCAAGGGCUUCUUUGAUCCCAACACACAAGAAAAUAUCACAUACUUGCAGCUCGUGGAGCGUUGUGUUAGAGACCCAAUCACUGGCCUCAGCCUCCUUGUCAUUGUGAAGAAGGGUGAGUAUUACUUCUUCAUCGAUGAACAUACAAAGCACAUACUUAAGUCUACAACCACAAACAAAGCAGGAGGUAAAUUCCAAGGGCAUCUGGUGUCUCUCUGGGAUCUGCUGUACUCUGAUUACAUCACUGAGGAAAGGAGAAGAGAUCUGGUGCAGCAGUUCAAAUCAGGCACAAUAACCAUUGAAAAAUUCUUGGAAAUUGUUCUAACACUGGUAUCACAGAAAUCAGGACCAUGUACCUCAACCAUUACCACAACAAAAUCUACGAUAACAACUGAGACAACCCAAAAUAAAAGUUUCCAAGGUAUCAGAAAGGAUGUGAGUGCUGACGAGUUGCUGAAAUCCAAAAUCAUUGAUGAGAAAACUUACCAAGACCUAUCUUCUGGAAAAGUCACAGUCAAUCAUGUAAGUGAAAUGGACUCUGUGCGAAAAUAUCUACAAGGAACCAAUAGCAUAGCUGGUGUAUUUGUCCAGUCUACCAAUACAGAUAUGAGCAUCUAUGAAGCCAAAAAUAAAGGACUUCUGACUCCUGGAACAUCUUUUGUUUUGCUGGAGGCUCAGGCUGCCACUGGCUUUAUGAUUGACCCAGUCAAGAACAAAAAGCUGUCGGUAGAACAGGCGGUGGCCGAAGGGAUAGUUGGGACAGAAUGGAAAAGCAAACUGCUCUCUGCAGAACGGGCAGUCACUGGUUACACUGACCCCCUCACAGGGAAAACAAUCUCUUUGUUCCAGGCCUUGAAAAAAGAUCUUAUUGUCAAAGACCACGGCAUUCGUCUUCUUGAAGCUCAGAUCGCUACAGGAGGCAUCAUUGAUCCUGUGCACAGUCACCGUGUUCCUGUGGAAGUAGCGUACCAAAGAGGUUACUUUGAUGAGGAGAUAAACAAAAUACUUAAUGAUCCAGAUGAUGACACCAAGGGCUUCUUUGAUCCCAACACACAAGAAAAUCUCACAUACUUGCAGCUCGUGGAGCGUUGUGUUAGAGAACCAAUCACUGGCCUCAGCCUCCUUGUCAUUGUGAAGAAGGGUGAGUAUUACUUCUUCAUCGAUGAACAUACAAAGCACAUACUUAAGUCUGCAACCACAAACAAAGCAGGAGGUAAAUUCCAAGGGCAUCUGGUGUCUCUCUGGGAUCUGCUGUACUCUGAUUACAUCACUGAGGAAAGGAGAAGAGAUCUGGUGCAGCAGUUCAAAUCAGGCACAAUAACCAUUGAAAAAUUCUUGGAAAUUGUUCUAACACUGGUAUCACAGAAAUCAGGACCAUGUACCUCAACCAUUACCACAACAAAAUCUACGAUAACAACUGAGACAACCCAAAAUAAAAGUUUCCAAGGUAUCAGAAAGGAUGUGAGUGCUGACGAGUUGCUGAAAUCCAAAAUCAUUGAUGAGAAAACUUACCAAGACCUAUCUUCUGGAAAAGUCACAGUCAAUCAUGUAAGUGAAAUGGACUCUGUGCGAAAAUAUCUACAAGGAACAAAUAGCAUUGCUGGUGUUUUUAUCCAGUCUACCAAACAGACCAUGAGCAUCUUUGAAGCCAAAAAUAAAGGACUUCUGACUCCUGGAACAUCUUUGGUUUUGUUGGAGGCUCAGGCUGCCACUGGCUUUAUGAUUGACCCAGUUAGGAACAAAAAGCUGUCGGUAGAACAGGCGGUGGCCGAAGGGAUAGUUGGGACAGAAUGGAAAAGCAAACUGCUCUCUGCAGAACGGGCAGUCACUGGUUACACUGACCCCCACACAGGGAAAACAAUCUCUUUGUUCCAGGCCUUGAAAAAAGAUCUUAUUGUCAAAGACCACGGCAUUCGUCUUCUUGAAGCUCAGAUCGCUACAGGAGGCAUCAUUGAUCCUGUGCACAGUCACCGUGUUCCUGUGGAAGUAGCGUACCAAAGAGGUUACUUUGAUGAGGAGAUGAACAAAAUACUUAAUGAUCCAGAUGACGACACCAAGGGCUUCUUUGAUCCCAACACACAAGAAAAUAUCACAUACUUGCAGCUCGUGGAGCGUUGUGUUAGAGACCCAAUCACUGGCCUCAGCCUCCUUGUCAUUGUGAAGAAGGGUGAGUAUUACUUCUUCAUCGAUGAACAUACAAAGCACAUACUUAAGUCUGCAACCACAAACAAAGCAGGAGGUAAAUUCCAAGGGCAUCUGGUGUCUCUCUGGGAUCUGCUGUACUCUGAUUACAUCACUGAGGAAAGGAGAAGAGAUCUGGUGCAGCAGUUCAAAUCAGGCACAAUAACCAUUGAAAAAUUCUUGGAAAUUGUUCUAACACUGGUAUCACAGAAAUCAGGACCAUGUACCUCAACCAUUACCACAACAAAAUCUACGAUAACAACUGAGACAACCCAAAAUAAAAGUUUCCAAGGUAUCAGAAAGGAUGUGAGUGCUGACGAGUUGCUGAAAUCCAAAAUCAUUGAUGAGAAAACUUACCAAGACCUAUCUUCUGGAAAAGUCACAGUCAAUCAUGUAAGUGAAAUGGACUCUGUGCGAAAAUAUCUACAAGGAACAAAUAGCAUUGCUGGUGUUUUUAUCCAGUCUACCAAACAGACCAUGAGCAUCUUUGAAGCCAAAAAUAAAGGACUUCUGACUCCUGGAACAUCUUUGGUUUUGUUGGAGGCUCAGGCUGCCACUGGCUUUAUGAUUGACCCAGUUAGGAACAAAAAGCUGUCGGUAGAACAGGCGGUGGCCGAAGGGAUAGUUGGGACAGAAUGGAAAAGCAAACUGCUCUCUGCAGAACGGGCAGUCACUGGUUACACUGACCCCCACACAGGGAAAACAAUCUCUUUGUUCCAGGCCUUGAAAAAAGAUCUUAUUGUCAAAGACCACGGCAUUCGUCUUCUUGAAGCUCAGAUCGCUACAGGAGGCAUCAUUGAUCCUGUGCACAGUCACCGUGUUCCUGUGGAAGUAGCGUACCAAAGAGGUUACUUUGAUGAGGAGAUGAACAAAAUACUUAAUGAUCCAGAUGACGACACCAAGGGCUUCUUUGAUCCCAACACACAAGAAAAUAUCACAUACUUGCAGCUCGUGGAGCGUUGUGUUAGAGACCCAAUCACUGGCCUCAGCCUCCUUGUCAUUGUGAAGAAGGGUGAGUAUUACUUCUUCAUCGAUGAACAUACAAAGCACAUACUUAAGUCUGCAACCACAAACAAAGCAGGAGGUAAAUUCCAAGGGCAUCUGGUGUCUCUCUGGGAUCUGCUGUACUCUGAUUACAUCACUGAGGAAAGGAGAAGAGAUCUGGUGCAGCAGUUCAAAUCAGGCACAAUAACCAUUGAAAAAUUCUUGGAAAUUGUUCUAACACUGGUAUCACAGAAAUCAGGACCAUGUACCUCAACCAUUACCACAACAAAAUCUACGAUAACAACUGAGACAACCCAAAAUAAAAGUUUCCAAGGUAUCAGAAAGGAUGUGAGUGCUGACGAGUUGCUGAAAUCCAAAAUCAUUGAUGAGAAAACUUACCAAGACCUAUCUUCUGGAAAAGUCACAGUCAAUCAUGUAAGUGAAAUGGACUCUGUGCGAAAAUAUCUACAAGGAACAAAUAGCAUUGCUGGUGUUUUUAUCCAGUCUACCAAUAAGACCAUGAGCAUCUUUGAAGCCAAAAAUAAAGGACUUCUGACUCCUGGAACAUCUUUGGUUUUGUUGGAGGCUCAGGCUGCCACUGGCUUUAUGAUUGACCCAGUUAGGAACAAAAAGCUGUCGGUAGAACAGGCGGUGGCCGAAGGGAUAGUUGGGACAGAAUGGAAAAGCAAACUGCUCUCUGCAGAACGGGCAGUCACUGGUUACACUGACCCCCACACAGGGAAAACAAUCUCUUUGUUCCAGGCCUUGAAAAAAGAUCUUAUUGUCAAAGACCACGGCAUUCGUCUUCUUGAAGCUCAGAUCGCUACAGGAGGCAUCAUUGAUCCUGUGCACAGUCACCGUGUUCCUGUGGAAGUAGCGUACCAAAGAGGUUACUUUGAUGAGGAGAUGAACAAAAUACUUAAUGAUCCAGAUGACGACACCAAGGGCUUCUUUGAUCCCAACACACAAGAAAAUAUCACAUACUUGCAGCUCGUGGAGCGUUGUGUUAGAGACCCAAUCACUGGCCUCAGCCUCCUUGUCAUUGUGAAGAAGGGUGAGUAUUACUUCUUCAUCGAUGAACAUACAAAGCACAUACUUAAGUCUACAACCACAAACAAAGCAGGAGGUAAAUUCCAAGGGCAUCUGGUGUCUCUCUGGGAUCUGCUGUACUCUGAUUACAUCACUGAGGAAAGGAGAAGAGAUCUGGUGCAGCAGUUCAAAUCAGGCACAAUAACCAUUGAAAAAUUCUUGGAAAUUGUUCUAACACUGGUAUCACAGAAAUCAGGACCAUGUACCUCAACCAUUACCACAACAAAAUCUACGAUAACAACUGAGACAACCCAAAAUAAAAAUUUCCAAGGUAUCAGAAAGGAUGUGAGUGCUGACGAGUUGCUGAAAUCCAAAAUCAUUGAUGAGAAAACUUACCAAGACCUAUCUUCUGGAAAAGUCACAGUCAAUCAUGUAAGUGAAAUGGACUCUGUGCGAAAAUAUCUACAAGGAACCAAUAGCAUAGCUGGUGUAUUUGUCCAGUCUACCAAACAGAUCAUGAGCAUCUAUGAAGCCAAAAAUAAAGGACUUCUGACUCCUGGAACAUCUUUUGUUUUGCUGGAGGCUCAGGCUGCCACUGGCUUUAUGAUUGACCCAGUCAAGAACAAAAAGCUGUCGGUAGAACAGGCGGUGGCCGAAGGGAUAGUUGGGACAGAAUGGAAAAGCAAACUGCUCUCUGCAGAACGGGCAGUCACUGGUUACACUGACCCCCUCACAGGAAAUACAAUCUCUUUGUUCCAGGCCUUGAAAAAAGAUCUUAUUGUCAAAGACCACGGCAUUCGUCUUCUUGAAGCUCAGAUCGCUACAGGAGGCAUCAUUGAUCCUGUGCACAGUCACCGUGUUCCUGUGGAAGUAGCGUACCAAAGAGGUUACUUUGAUGAGGAGAUAAACAAAAUACUUAAUGAUCCAGAUGAUGACACCAAGGGCUUCUUUGAUCCCAACACACAAGAAAAUCUCACAUACUUGCAGCUCGUGGAGCGUUGUGUUAGAGAACCAAUCACUGGCCUCAGCCUCCUUGUCAUUGUGAAGAAGGGUGAGUAUUACUUCUUCAUCGAUGAACAUACAAAGCACAUACUUAAGUCUGCAACCACAAACAAAGCAGGAGGUAAAUUCCAAGGGCAUCUGGUGUCUCUCUGGGAUCUGCUGUACUCUGAUUACAUCACUGAGGAAAGGAGAAGAGAUCUGGUGCAGCAGUUCAAAUCAGGCACAAUAACCAUUGAAAAAUUCUUGGAAAUUGUUCUAACACUGGUAUCACAGAAAUCAGGACCAUGUACCUCAACCAUUACCACAACAAAAUCUACGAUAACAACUGAGACAACCCAAAAUAAAAGUUUCCAAGGUAUCAGAAAGGAUGUGAGUGCUGACGAGUUGCUGAAAUCCAAAAUCAUUGAUGAGAAAACUUACCAAGACCUAUCUUCUGGAAAAGUCACAGUCAAUCAUGUAAGUGAAAUGGACUCUGUGCGAAAAUAUCUACAAGGAACAAAUAGCAUUGCUGGUGUUUUUAUCCAGUCUACCAAUAAGACCAUGAGCAUCUUUGAAGCCAAAAAUAAAGGACUUCUGACUCCUGGAACAUCUUUGGUUUUGUUGGAGGCUCAGGCUGCCACUGGCUUUAUGAUUGACCCAGUUAGGAACAAAAAGCUGUCGGUAGAACAGGCGGUGGCCGAAGGGAUAGUUGGGACAGAAUGGAAAAGCAAACUGCUCUCUGCAGAACGGGCAGUCACUGGUUACACUGACCCCCACACAGGGAAAACAAUCUCUUUGUUCCAGGCCUUGAAAAAAGAUCUUAUUGUCAAAGACCACGGCAUUCGUCUUCUUGAAGCUCAGAUCGCUACAGGAGGCAUCAUUGAUCCUGUGCACAGUCACCGUGUUCCUGUGGAAGUAGCGUACCAAAGAGGUUACUUUGAUGAGGAGAUGAACAAAAUACUUAAUGAUCCAGAUGACGACACCAAGGGCUUCUUUGAUCCCAACACACAAGAAAAUAUCACAUACUUGCAGCUCGUGGAGCGUUGUGUUAGAGACCCAAUCACUGGCCUCAGCCUCCUUGUCAUUGUGAAGAAGGGUGAGUAUUACUUCUUCAUCGAUGAACAUACAAAGCACAUACUUAAGUCUACAACCACAAACAAAGCAGGAGGUAAAUUCCAAGGGCAUCUGGUGUCUCUCUGGGAUCUGCUGUACUCUGAUUACAUCACUGAGGAAAGGAGAAGAGAUCUGGUGCAGCAGUUCAAAUCAGGCACAAUAACCAUUGAAAAAUUCUUGGAAAUUGUUCUAACACUGGUAUCACAGAAAUCAGGACCAUGUACCUCAACCAUUACCACAACAAAAUCUACGAUAACAACUGAGACAACCCAAAAUAAAAGUUUCCAAGGUAUCAGAAAGGAUGUGAGUGCUGACGAGUUGCUGAAAUCCAAAAUCAUUGAUGAGAAAACUUACCAAGACCUAUCUUCUGGAAAAGUCACAGUCAAUCAUGUAAGUGAAAUGGACUCUGUGCGAAAAUAUCUACAAGGAACAAAUAGCAUUGCUGGUGUUUUUAUCCAGUCUACCAAUAAGACCAUGAGCAUCUUUGAAGCCAAAAAUAAAGGACUUCUGACUCCUGGAACAUCUUUGGUUUUGUUGGAGGCUCAGGCUGCCACUGGCUUUAUGAUUGACCCAGUUAGGAACAAAAAGCUGUCGGUAGAACAGGCGGUGGCCGAAGGGAUAGUUGGGACAGAAUGGAAAAGCAAACUGCUCUCUGCAGAACGGGCAGUCACUGGUUACACUGACCCCCACACAGGGAAAACAAUCUCUUUGUUCCAGGCCUUGAAAAAAGAUCUUAUUGUCAAAGACCACGGCAUUCGUCUUCUUGAAGCUCAGAUCGCUACAGGAGGCAUCAUUGAUCCUGUGCACAGUCACCGUGUUCCUGUGGAAGUAGCGUACCAAAGAGGUUACUUUGAUGAGGAGAUGAACAAAAUACUUAAUGAUCCAGAUGACGACACCAAGGGCUUCUUUGAUCCCAACACACAAGAAAAUCUCACAUACUUGCAGCUCGUGCAGCGUUGUGUUAGAGACCCAAAGACUGGACUUUAUCUACUUUCCUUAAAAAAGUAGUUUUAAGAUUGGGUGCAAAAUGCCAUACAGAGUAACUAUAUUGCACUAUUUAUAUUUGCUUUGUUCUCAAUUAAAUGCUAUUAUCACCAAA